AUGGCGAAAUUCGUCUUUGCCAAUUCGUCACAAAAGGUCCCCGGAGACGGCAUUCUCCCCGCCCAGUUCACCAUCAAAGCAGGCCCGGAGACCGACGCCUGGGCUAAGCCUCCGUCCACGGAGUCGUUCAAUGCGCCUAUCCUAUACCGAAGUAUUCCCUUGGCCUCCUUCAAGCGGGUCCGAGUCGCUUUCAACGCCCUGUGGCAGCAUAAAUACGACCAGGGUGGUCUCAUCCUCGUCCUGAACGGUGCCGACGGGUCUCGCAAAUGGGUCAAGACCGGUAUCGAGUUCACACACGGUCGGCCCCAUCUCAGUACCGUCUCCAAGGACCGCUGGGCGGACUGGAGUCUGCAGGCCGUUCCGUCGGGUGGAGGUGCGGCGACACUGGAGCUGGUCAGAGAAUCGGACAACAGCUUGUGGAUCUACCUGGUCGAGGGCAUUCAGAAGGCUCCCCUCCGCGAAGUGACCUGGGUCUUUCAGGAGCAGAACGUGAAGGAUCUCUGGGUUGGACUUUAUGCAGCAAGACCGGGCAAAGAGGGAGGCGAACUAGAUGUGAACUUUGGCCAUCUGAUUGUGGACACGGCCGAAUAA